AUGGAAGAAAAAAACAUGUCUGCAAUAAUCAAGGAAGUGUGUGAUGGGUCAUCUCUUGCCAACCAUGAAUGCUUUGCACUGCAACAUGCUGACCGUUCAAAUUUCUAUAUUACAGAAAAGAAUCGCAAUGAAAUAAAAAACGGCACUAUCCUUCGAUUAACCACAUCUCCAGCUCAGAAUGCCCAGCAGCUCCAUGAACGCAUCCAGUCGUCAAGUAUAGAUGCCAAGCUGGAGGCCCUGAAGGACUUGGCCAGCCUGUCCCGGGAUCUCACGUUCGCCCAGGAAUUCAUCAACCUGGAUGGCAUCUCUCUCCUCACCCAGAUGGUAGACAGCGGCACUGACCAAUACCAGAAAUUGCAGAAGAUUAUGAAGCCUUGCUUUGGGGACAUGCUGUCCUUCACGUUGAUGGCCUUUGUAGAGCUCAUGGAUCAUGGCAUCGUGUCUUGGGACACGUUUUCGGUGGCAUUCAUUAAGAAGAUAGCAAGUUUUGUGAACAAGUCGGCCAUGGACAUCUCAAUCCUGCAGUGGUCCUUGGCCAUUUUGGAGUCCAUGGUGCUCAAUAGCCAUGACCUCUACCAGAAGGUGGCACAAGAGAUCACCAUUGGCCAACUCAUUCCUCAUCUUCAAGGAACCGAUCAGGAAAUUCAAACCUAUACCAUCGCUGUCAUCAACGCACUCUUCCUGAAAGCUGCUGACGAGCGCAGGCAGGAAAUGGCAAAUAUUUUGGCUCAGAAGCAGCUGCGUUCCAUCAUUCUAACACAUGUCAUCCGUGCCCAGCGGGCCAUCAACAACGAGAUGGCCCACCAAUUAUAUGUUCUCCAAGUGCUCACCUUCAACCUCCUGGAAGACAGGAUGAUGACCAAAAUGGACCCCCAGGAUCAGGCUCAAAGAGACAUCAUAUUUGAACUUCGAAGAAUUGCUUUUGAUGCGGAGACUGAACCUAAUAAUAGCAGCAGCAGCUUGGAGAAACGCAAGUCCAUGUACACCCGGGAUUACAAGAAACUUGGCUUCAUUAAUCAUGUCAACCCUGCCAUGGACUUCACCCAGACUCCUCCUGGGAUGCUGGCUCUUGACAACAUGCUGUACUUCGCCAAACAUCACCAAGAUGCGUAUAUUCGGCUUAUCCCAUUCUACAAGUUAGAACGAGACACUUCAGCUCAAACAUGGCAUCUGUCUGGAGCUUAUCACCACACAUUAAGAGCUACCGAUAACUGUUGUCUUAGGACAGAAUUCCUUAAGUUACCUUCAGACAGUGUAGUUGAGUGAAUGAGAACACAGGGUGAUCAUGAAAGUUGCCCAUCAAAUGCCUAGAAAAGCUGGGGUCAUCCUCCAAUCCCUGCUGUACAAAUGCAGUAGGAGGCAAUGUCACAGGAGCACCAUGGCCUGACCUUUAAAAAACAAGUAAUUGAUUUUAUUGUAUUGUAAAGAUGCUGCACAGAGGGGUUACAGUUACAUGAGUAAGGUAAUGAGUACAUUUC